AUGGAACUUUUAUUAUUCAAACAUGAGGAAUUUAAUAAAAUUUAUAAUUGUACUGGGAUAAAUGUUGAUGAUGUUCCAAUUGAAAAAAGAAGAUAUCCAAUAGCUGCAAUUGUUUGUAUAUUACUUGGAUUUAUAUAUUAUACUUUAUAUUUUCCUUGUCUUUACUCAUUUUGGAAAAACCGAAGCAAAAAUCCUUGUUAUAUACUUUUAAUUUACCUUUCUUUAAUUAAUAUUUUUACACUUUGGGGUCCAACUUUUGCACAAGGAAUUUUUAGUUUAAAUGGCAUUGUCUACUGCUCUUCGCCUAUUUUGACCUAUUUUGUUGGGUGUUUAUAUUUAUUUUUAUGGGCUGCUGAAUGUGCUGCUGAUUUGGUUUUGGGAAUAAAUCGCUGUAUUGAAAUGGCAUUUCCAAAUAUUGCAGAAAUCCUUUUUUAUGGCAAAAGAAUCUAUAUUUGGAUAUUUAUUUGUAAUUUAUAUGGAUUUUAUUGGUUGUAUUUUCGACAUCCAUAUAUAUUUAAUGGAAUAGCUUUUGCUGUUUUAUUUGAGCCGUUAAUUGGAUAUAUACCUUUUAGAGCAGAAAUUUUUAAACGGGAUUUAUUUGAAAAUUCUCUAAAUAAUGCAUUAUUGGCUGUUGUAACACCUAUUAUCUACGUUAUAUUUAUUAUUUGUUUUUUCUUCAAAACUCGUGAAGUAUCCGAUAGAGUUACAAAAGAAGAAAAAAUGGUUUUUAUUCAAGUAUUUAUCGUUUCAAUGAUUAAUACCUCAACAGGUAUAAUUUAUGCCUAUAAUUUGAAAAAUCCAGACAGUGGUUUUGUGCUUGUACUUGUUGCACAUUUUUGUUGGUAA